AUGGCAACAAAGGAGGCCCUGGAAGUACGAGCGAUGGAGGGAGGGGAGGGAGAGGAGGGAGGGGGAGGGGGAGGAGAGGAGAGGAGACAACGGAGGAGGAGGCAUCAUUCUUCGGGAAAGAAGGCAACAGACGAAGAAGUCCUGAAGUCUCUAUCGAAGCGAGAAAGGGCUGAGUACAGGAGGGAAAAGUUCCUAGUCAGCAGUGGAUGGGUGACAGCAGUAGCAUCUUCAGCCAGCAGCCUUGUCUCCAUGAAGCGCAAACCUCCCGAUGCCAAAAUUCAGGAAGAGCCCAGAAGAGAGGAGAGCUCUGGUCCUGCUGGUGCUCAACUUCGAGAGAUUGAAAUUCUGAGGCAACCUCCUCCUGACCAGAGCAAUGCUUCUCCCUCAUCUCAGUUGCCCCAUGGCUGGGCUGCCGUGCAGUUGCCCGAGUACGUCGCCUCGAACAUCAAAGCUGAUGAAGUCCCUGAGGCUUCUGGUCACAGCAACGGCAUCUCUCCCCUCUCAAUACGGCAGCUCAAGGAAUGGUGCGAGCGUAUGGAACAAUUCAUCACAUCUGACUCGAUCAGAGUAAAGCCGCAAGGCGCUGAAUCGACUUCCACAGGCACAGCAGAUGCAACGAUCAAGGAUACCAAGACCUCAACAGCUCCCUCCUACCUCAACAAGUCGCUGACAACAGCAAAACCUCCUUCGUCGAAAUCGAUGUUCACCAGCAAGUCUCUUACGCCAACCUUGUCCUGGACGAUGAAGACUGCACAGAGGCAACAGGCUGGGAGAAAGGAAACAACCUCUUUGAAUCCAUCAGCAGAGGUAGAAAAGCCCAAGCCAAGAGCCAUGAGUAGAAGCAACUCUCAGACAAGCACUACGUCGGGUGAAAGGGCCAUGGAUGUUACCCGCAGGAGAUCGGAGGAUCCGGCGGAGGAGGUUUACCUUGGGUUUCUGUUUUCGUGCGAGAAUCCGAAGAAAGGGAAGUCUCUCACAAAAGAGUCUCUUGUGUUCGGACGGGUGUUCUCACUUCAGAACAGAAUGAUCAACUCCCUGCAUCACAUCCAUCUCUGCGCAGACGCGCUAGUCGAGUUGUACCUUGAGGGCAACCGCAUAACCUCGAUGCGAGGGCUAGGAAAGAUGCCGCACCUGGAGCUUUUAAGCCUCAAGUCCAACUCGAUCUGCAGUUUCGCUGGAGUUGAGAAGCAGCCGAAGCUCAAGUUCGUUGCCCUUGAAGGAAAUCCCGUCAGCGCUCUCAAACUCUACAGGCCCAUGUGUGCAUUGGUCUUCAGCCCGAUGCGCUUAGGGGAGCUUCACAUAGACCAGAGGAGGGUGUCUCGCGCGGAGAUCUACUGCCCUUACUUCCUGGGUCAGACAGACGACUUCUUGACCGCAGUGAAGGCCGGGGGCCUUGUAUUGGAGAACGCGGAUGAGUAUUUCAAGGUGAUGGGCAGAAAGCCUGACCUACUUUGUGAAUGGAAGCGAUUCCUCUCGCUCUACCUCCCCGUGUGCAGGCAAGCAGGGUUCAAGCCCUCUGACUUCCCCUCGUCUCUGCAGAGGUUGGCUGAGCAGGAGGAGCAAGACAAGAAGGACAAGGCUGGCUUGCCUUCUACUCAGGUGGAGAGCGGACGUGAAGAGGCCGAGACUUCUGCUGGGGAGAAGGUUGAAGAACCUGGUGUGUCAGAGUCUCCUGCUUCAGAACCUCAGGCAGGGCUGGAGCAAGAGCUCAAGAACGCUCCCGACGAGGCGAGCAUCGAGGCUCUGACUGAGUCAGCCUCCUCUGCCUUGCACCUCGAUUGCUCAAGGGAUCAGGAGGGAGGUUUCACCCUACGAUCUCACUUGUGCAUGGGAAGCCUAGACGUUUCGCCGCUGGCAGGAGGUGAAGGAGGAGGAGGGCCCCGAGAGCUGUUCUCGCAAGUCCGCGCCUCGUUCGAGACGUCAGGGGACGGGGUGGACAUCAGCAGGCAAGAGGAGGCUGAGGAGAUACAGGGGGCAGGGAAGGAGCAGCAGCAGCUCUGGAUGGAGGCUGAGGGGGAGCGCGAGGAGGUAGCGAGGGAGCAGGAGAAGAUCUACAUGGAUGGGUCCGAGGAGCCAACGUGCUCCUACGAGACUGAGGGAGAGAGCUCGCCCGACAUUCCCAGCAGGUCCGAGCAAUUUUCUCUCCCAGCAGGGAUACCCUCCUCUGCCAUCCUCGCUGCCAGUGUCUCCACUCCCCCAUCAGCCGUGCAGGACCAGCACAGAACUUCCGGUCGUAUGCUGGAGUUGCACAAGCAAGAAAUCUCCUCCCCCCCCCUCUCCUCCUUCUCCCCGUUCUCGUUGUCCUUCGCCUCCUACGCUCGUUCUCCUCUCGCACGAGGUCAAGCAAAACUUCCUUCGAUCUCCCCGCUGUCUCUGGUCAAAGAGAGGAUUGCCAAGGAGGACAACGAGCUGUCAAUGGAUACUAAGAGGGAUGCGAAAGAAGAUGACGAGGAGGACAAAGUGGAAGCUGAGAGGGAGGUGGAGGAGGAUGGAGACUGGGAGGAUGGGGAGGAGGACGGAGACCGGGAGGAAGGGGAGGAGGAGCAGGAGGGGAGGGAAGGAAGAUCGAGGCUUGUCAGGCCACCGCAGGGGCGUGAGAGUGACGUGGACGUGCUGGUCAGCAGCCUCAAGUCUCACCUCGCCACGUCUUCCUUCUCCUCUGGCGAAGAAGCCCUUCACUCCAUACAAACUUUACUCAACAAGCUGGAAUUGAACAGCUCGAACGAGAGCUGGCAGCAUGCUGACCAAAAUAUGCCUACCUUGCAAUGGCGAGAUUCGGCAGAAGCUCACAGGCCAGCAAAGGGAGCAGCAGCAACAGCAGCAGCGGCAGCAGCAGCAGCAGCAGGAAGCCCCAAGGACUUUGGGAUAGGGUUGAAGAUUGAUCUCCGUGCUCCCUUCACCGUUCUCAGUGUGCAAGGGGUGCUGCUGGAGGAAGGCGGAAUGCCGAGGAAAGACGUCGUGCUAGCGGGCAAGUCCUUGAUCUCCUUGCUUCUCCAGCUCCUCCUCUACUUCCACUUCGCCCAGCUCAGGUUGGCAUGUUUGCAGGACAUGUCGGUGAAGGAAGUGUCGGAGCUCAUCACUGGCCCACCUGGUACUCUCGUCCAGCUGCACUUGAGGAGGCCCAACUCUGGGGUCGUUGGAAACUUUGCGGUGAAGCUGAGGAGACACUUCCUGGUGAAGCGACAGGGGCAGGAGGAAGAGGGGAGGAAGGGAAUGUAG